AUGGCCCAGGUACUUGCGGCUGAGGUGGCAGAAUCCAGCGUCGUUAACAGAGACAAUGCGACCAAUCAGAAGUGGUCUGGCGCGCCGUAUGAGAUUACUCGUCGAGUCGACAUUUGCUCCGAGAUCAAGGGACAACGCAAUCUCCGCGCACCAUUACGCCUGUCAUUCCGCGAGCACCAAGUCUGGCGUACCCUCAACAAGCCUGACGGGACGGCUUUUGGGCUCCUCUCAAAGCUGGAGGAGCAUGCCAUCCACGACAAACUUGAGGAUCUCCUUAGAACGGGGAGCCUAAAGGCUAGGGACACAAAUGACAAACUUGUAAAGUUCAAACUCGCUCUUCGGCUUGCGUCAUCAUUGCAGGCUCUAUAUCUAGGUCCCUGGAUUCACCAAGACUGCACGUUGACGGCCAAGUCUGUGCAGAUUCUUCGCAACGAGGAGGUAAGCCAAAUUGAGAUGCUGAAUGAAGCCUACAUCCCCUGCCGUCUCAUUGGCGAUUGUGAGCGACACGAGGCGUUCCUUGAAGCACCAAAACAACACCAAGAGUCGGGGCAUCAGACCAAGAGCGGACAACCUGCCGAACCUUGCCCCACGUUCUUCUUGUCGUUCGCACAGCUACUUGUAGAUAUCGAGAAAGGCGAGGAAGGCUAUCAAUCAGCCGUAGAUGAGCCCGCCAAAAAAUGGUACGACUUUCUGGUUGACGAGUGUAGGAACAGCUUUAAAGACGAGGCAAUGAGAUAUUACCGGGCGGCCAUUGAAGGCUGCCUGCUUUACCUGGACCUAUAUAGGAUCGAGACUGGAGGUAUCGAGUUCAACAGGCAUCCAGUCCAGAAUGUCAUCAAUAAGAGUAUUGUUAGUCCCCUUCGGAUGCACCUGGAGAUUUGGGAGUCUGCACUCUUUAGCGGCGAUGGUGAUCCGCUAUCAUCUAAUAUGGCCAAGAAUCAGGACAACCCGCAAGGUUGGAAUGACGUUGAAACGGAAUUUCCUCUUUGGAGUGCCGUAGACGACAAUACAGAAAGAGAGUUAACCGAGAAGAAUACUCCCAAGAAGGAUGAGGGAAGUUUCACAAAGCUUAUGGAAAACUUCAUUGAGAAAUACAUAGAGCUGCCAAGUGUGUCUGGGCAGCGCGCAGCCAACGGAAACGUACGCAUUGCAGUAAUCGAUAGUGGGUUGCUUUGUGACCAGCGAGACACGUACUUGAGCCAUGAGCAUGUCCAGCAAAGAAUUAGAGCCGGGAAAAACUUCGUGAGGAACUCUGACUCCGAGCCGGAUGCGGGAGACUGGAAAGAUGAGCACGGCCAUGGAACGCAUGUGACUCGAUUGCUUCUCAAGUUUGCGCCACGGGCAGAGAUAUUCGUCGCCAAAAUUACAAACUCGGAUACGCUCAAGUUCACAAAUCAGGAGCAGCUCUUAGAGGUGAGUCUACAAGAAUGCAUGCUGAUUGAGGCAGCUCUUGAGUGGGCUGGACAACACGCCGACAUUAUCAAUCUUUCGUUUUCUCUAGGCUCGAACCCUUCAAGAGAUUUGCAAGACGCGCUAAAACUUCUUGUACAUGAUAAAAAGCUCAUCUUUGCUGCCGCCUCGAACGUAGGAGGCAACAAACCGCGGCCGUGGCCAGCGAAAGAACCUGGUGUGUUUUGCAUUUACGCUACAGACGAACGCGGAAUACCAGACUUGAAUUUGAACCCAUCGCUAUCGUCAAUAGGCGACAACUUUGCAACUCUCGGGUGCGGCAUCGAGUCGUACUGGGAAGGAGAUUACAGGCUGAUCUCUGGGACAUCGUAUGCCGCGCCCAUGGCGGCAGCAAUAGCCGCCAACAUUUUGGAGUUUGCUAGACGACAUAUACCAGAAGUGGCGGAGAGUUUUUGUAUUUACAAGACCAUGCGAGAUCUGUUUCGCCAUCACAUGACGGCAAACAAUGCGGAUGGUCUUUAUCACCAAAUUUUGCCGUGGAAUGACGGUCUCUGGGACAAUCAAAGUGUAGGGGAUGUCUGCCAAAGGCUAAAGGACAUUUGUUCAGGAAUCGAUCGUUGA